UCUCAACCAUUUUUCUUGCGUUCAUGCAAUGUUACGUAUGUAUUUGCUCCUCUUGUUGGCCACCGCCGGGGCCAAGGCUGCCGCACCAGUCCCCUCCAUGACUUACCAAAGCAACGCUUUCUUAGAUGAAGCGCAGAACAUCCGCAUGUACUGGAACCACGAUGCGGACACGAUCACCAUAGAACUCCAUGCGAAGACCGUAGGUUACGUUGCUGUGGGGUUCUCCCCUGCCGGAAAGAUGGAGGGCGGGGAUAUCAUCAUUGGAUGGGUGAAGGAAGGAAAGGCUAUUCUUCAGGAUCGGUAUGCUGUGGGUAACAUGAAGCCGACAUUGGAUGCGGAGAAAAAUGUUGAACUGCUGACGGGAAAAGAGGAAGAUGGUUACACAAUCCUCAAGUUCAAGAGGAAACUUGAUACAUGUGAUCCAGAUCACGAUCGAGCGAUACCGAGUGGCACAGUCAAGAUGAUUUGGGCGAUAGGUGACACCGACCCCCAUGACGAGGAGGGCAUCUACUAUCACAAUGCUCGGGGACAAAGGAACAUCCAGCUCCUCGGAGUCAUCAAGAAAGCAAUUGAUCUGCCCGCCGACAGCCUCUCAUACGAAUUCAGGAAUAAAGAUUACGCUGUUCCGUCUGAUGAUACGACCUAUGCCUGUCAGGUUCUGAGAAUGCCGAAGGUUGACAAGAAACAUCAUAUGAUUCAGUUCGAGCCGAUCAUCAAGAAGGGUCACGAGGGCCUGGUCCACCACAUCCUCAUCUACGGCUGCACGGCGCCAUCGCCCAUCAACGACACGCACGAGGGCCAGCAGUUCUUCUGCCACAAGAACCACGGAGAGAUGCCCUGGUUUAGAUGGCACUGCGAGCACGUGAUAAUGACCUGGGCAGUCGGAGGAGAAAUCUUCUACUUCCCCGAGCAUGUCGGAUUCUCCAUUGGAACAGAGUUCGAUCCCGACUUCAUGAUUAUGGAGACGCAUUAUGACAACCCAAACCUAAUCGCUGGGCAAGUUGAUGACUCCGGUAUACGGAUCCACUACACGCCCACCCUUCGGACAUACGACGCAGGCGUUCUUGACCAGGGCAAGGUUGUUGACACGGCCCAUUUUAUUCCGCCAAAGUCAGAUGCUUGGAAAUCGUACGGUUACUGCAACAAAAAAUGCCUCAAUCAUGCUUUGGAGGAUACUCCAGAGAAACAAUUGAAUGUUUUCGCUGUGAUGCUCCACGCGCAUCUUCUCGGAGUCGGAAUCAAAACCUGGCAUGUCAGAGAUGGCAUCGAACUACCACCUAUCGCCGAGGACAAGUAUUACGAUUUCAACUACCAGACUGUCAUGACACUACCAGAAGAACGCGCCAUUAAACAAAAUGACCUCAUCGCGACGGAAUGCACGUACAGAUCCACGGGGAGAGAAAACAUCACUUACGGGGGUUUGUCCUCGCGCCAGGAGAUGUGCAUUACCUUCAUGUACUACUGGCCGCGGAUGAACAUGUCGAUAUGUUCAGACAGGACCAGUGAGUGGAGCACAUAUCCGGUCAUUGGUAUAUGGGGUGUAGGAAGCGACGGCAAAGUCACGGCACCACCGGAAAACGUCAACAAAACACCAGCAGAACUCUGGCAAGCAGUUGAUUGGUCAAAUGCUGAAAUACGCACCAAGUUUGAAGGGGUGGAACAAUAUGGCCUUAGGACACCAUUGUGUAGGUUCAUGUCGGCUACUGGAGGCUACGCAAAGUAUCAGUCGGAAUUAUUCAACUUCACGGCACCUACGGAAUAUUACGAGGAGCCAAAAGUUAAAUGUCCCGCAGAAAAUGCUAUCAAUGGAGCAGGAAGGAUAGAGACCCGGAUGUUGACCAGCAUUUUCGUUGCUAUUGUGAUUUUUGUGGCGAGCAUCUAGUGACAUCACGGCAAGAUGGCAGAACCCGAAUACCAAAUUCUCCGAAAUUUGAUAUAUACAUGUAUGGUUAGGCCUAUUUUGGUAGUUGUUUUUUAACCAAACCACAGAGUGUAAAAGGACAAUUAAUUUCUAUAAAAUAUGAUAAAAUGAUCUCUAAAUGAAGUGUAUUUGAUGCUACAUGUAUAUAGUAAUUAUAUUCAUUCUGAAAAAAAAGAUGUUUACAUGCACAUGAUAUUUUAUGCAGGACAGGUGUUCUUCCAACACGAUCCAAAUACUUGUAAUAAUUCCAACAAUA